AUGAUAUUUAACAAAGGUUCUUCUAGCCUUGUUCGUAUGGAUUGGGAACGUGAAUAUGUCUCUAUCCUUGGAGGACAACAACAACAACGACCAACAGUAUUACGACAACAAUCACCACAACUAGCACAAAAACCACCACCAUUAUCAGGAUCAAAACCACAAGCAUUACAACAAAUAAUAUCGCAAGGAAAACAACAAGCACGAAAAGCACGACAAAAAGCAUCAAGACAACCACCACCAGAAUCAGUCAUUGCGAUUGUGAUCAGAGAGAGCAGCAAAAAUAAGAGACGAAGUACUGCGCAUGUGGUAGUUAUGUUUGUGAUGUUUGUUGUCGUCCUGUUGCUUUUAUAUGAUAAUCGGUGGGCAGAAAAGAGAAAAAUAGCGGAAGCAGCUCUGUAUUUAAUGUAUUACGAUGAAAAGCAAUAG